AGAGAGAGAGAGAGAGAAGAGAGAGACUACCCAUCCCCAGCAGAGCGUAGAGGCGUCAGACGGCCGCCAGAGCAUCCCGGUUACGCUGUUCAGAGGCCCCAUCGACGGUUUGCCGCGCCAGAACCAGCUGAAGGAGAAGUCACCAUAGCCGGGCACACGGCCACAUUAGCAGUCAGUAAUGGAGAGCCUGCUGGAUAAUCCAAUGAAAGCCGUUCUUUACCUGAAGGAGCUCACCACUAUUGUCCAGAACCAGCAAAGCCUGAUCCAGACGCAGCGCCAGCGCAUCGACGAACUCGAGCGAAAGGUGGAGGACCUGAUAGGUGAGAACCGACAGUUGCGGGACCCCCAUCACUACGUCCAGCUGCCCGCUCAACAUCACCACCACCACCACCACCCGACUCACCGCAGCGCGAGUCCCCAGGCGCCGGCCAACCUCCAUCAGCACCCGGGGAGCAACAAAGCUGCGGCUCACCUCGGCCAGCAGGCGCAGCAGCAGCCUCCGCCUCCGCCGCCGCCGCAGCAGCAGCAGCAGCAGCAGCAGCAGCAGCAGCAGCAGCAGCCGAUUCCCGGUCUAUCGGCCCAGCCUCAGCAGCAUCCGACCCCUCCUGUGCCGUCGUCCCACCAUCCACAGCAGCUGCAGCUCGUACCCACCUCGCCGCAGUCACCCAAAGCGAGCCAAGCCAGCCCGGAGUCCGCCGAGGAGGACAGGAGGAGUCCCUGCUGCAAGUCCCUGGUUCCGCAGACUCCCACCGCUCUCUGCCGCUCAGUUGGACUGGCUAGGAAAGCAGACAACCAAACAGUGCUUCACCAGUUCUGCUGCCCUGCCCCAGAGGCCCCUGAGGUGGAGACCUCUACUGCCUGUGUCCCCAGCGAUGACCUUCCUCCAGACUCGUCUAUUGGGGAGGAAGGGAAGGGAGGAGAGGGGGAGCUGCAGAGUGAGGUCGAGUCACAACCACAGCCCGAGCAACAGCAGCAAGAGACUCAGCCACAGACUCAACCACCACAGCCACAGCCCCAGUGUGAGCCCCAACCACAGACUCAGCCCCAGCCCGAAACCAAACCUCAGCCAGAACCCGAACUCAAACCACAGCCUGCACCGGAGCCCGAGCCUGAGCCUGAGCCUGAGCCCGAGCCCGAGCCUGAGCCUGAGCCCGAGCCCGAGCCCGAGCCCGAGACUGAGCCUCAGCCCCAAGUCAAGGCUCCGAGCGAAGAAGCGGCACAGGACGCCCCUGAAGCUCCUUCACCUUGCAGAGAGGAGCAGACAGUGGUGGUGGUGGAGCAAGAGAAGGAAACGUUGGAGGAAGUUGUGGAGGCACAGAGAAAGCAACAGGGAGAGGAGGCAAAGGCCGAGCAGCAUGAGGGCGAGGCAGCACAGGAAGAAGAGGAGGAGGAGGAAGGGGGAGGAGCAAAAGGAGGUGGGGCGGGGAGGAGAGCCAGCCUGCAUCACACGGCCUCGCCCUUGAGGGUACAGCGCAACGGGGCCGGCUCGCACUCCGCCACCUCCGACUAUGAGCUCUCGCUUGACCUCAAAAAUAAGCAGAUCGAAAUGUUAGAGCACAAAUACGGUGGCCACCUUAUCUCCCGCCGUGCUGCCUGCAAGAUCCAGACUGCCUUCCGCCAGUACCAGCUCAGCAAGAACUUCGAGAAGAUCCGCAAUUCGCUGCUAGAGAGUCGUCUGCCUCGACGCAUCUCCCUGCGCAAGGUCCGUGUGCAAAACACGGAAGGUUUCUCUGCUGAACGGGCCCUGGCAGAAGGCUGCAACUUGACAGGCAUCCCAUUGGUGCGCUCGCCAUCUCUGCCUGCCACAGUUGGUGGCACCCUGACCGACCUGGAAGACUCAUUCACUGAACAGGUUCAGUCACUGGCAAAGUCCAUAGAUGACGCACUCAGCAACUGGAGCCUGAAGACCAUGUGCUCACUGCAAGAAGGCGGCACUUAUCAGUUCAGUGCCGACUCCUUCAGUGCAGCAGCAGCAGCAGCAGCAGCAGCAGCAGGAGGUGGAGGUGGAGGAGAUGGAGGUGUUGUGAGAGAGUCAGCGAUUCAUCAAGGCCCAGUAGACCCAAGUGACCUGUCGAGAAGUGCAAGCAAGCUGAUGAUGGCGUUCCGGGAUGUGACUGUGCAGUUCGACAGCCAGAACUUCCUUGUUUCAUCCUCAGUCAUAGAAUCGUCCACUGUCACCCUCGGCAGCUGCGUCCAACAAGAAGGAGACCCCACCACUGUCAUGUCUACUUCCACAACAACAAACUCCACUCCAGCCUCCAUUGCUCCCGGCCUCUCCCAAGAACCCCCUCCUCCCCCUGCAGAGCUCCCAGCUGAACCCAUAGAUCCCCCACCACCCCCACAAGAGCCCCCACCACCCCCAGAAUCAGAGUUUGAAGAAGACGAGCAGGAUGUUGAAUUUCCUGCUCCUCCUCCAAGUGAAGAAGAGCUCGAGGAGGAAGAGGAGCAGCCUCCCCUAACCCCUCUGGAUAAAAUGGCUGCUCCUCAAAGCCCAGAUAAGGUUGUGGUGGUGGUACCGCCACCCACAGAGCCCCCUCACGCAACCCCACCGCUGCUGGGGAGCUCGCCCAAGGUGGAGCCGCUGGAGGUCAAGCGGUGCGGCUCCGAGACCGCAGAUAACAGCUCAGAGCAGAUGAGCAGCAGCAGCACGUCCACAGAGGCACGCUCCACAUCUGAAGCCUCGUCCAAGGAGGCACUGCAGGCCAUGAUCCUCAGCCUGCCACGCUACCACUGUGAGAACCCAGCCAGCUGUAAAUCACCCACGCUAUCCACUGAUGUCAUGCGAAAACGCCUCUACCGCAUCGGCCUCAAUCUCUUCAAUGUAAACCCUGAUAAGGGUCUUCAGUUCCUGAUCUCUCGAGGCUUCAUCCCAGAUACACCUAUCGGCGUUGCCCACUUCCUGCUGCAGAGGAAAGGCUUGAGCCGACAGAUGAUUGGAGAGUUCCUCGGAAACAGCAAGAAGCCCUUCAACAGAGAUGUCCUAGAUUGUGUGGUGGAUGAGAUGGACUUCUCAGGCAUGGAGCUGGAUGAAGCGCUGAGGAAGUUUCAGGCCCACAUUCGUGUCCAGGGAGAAGCCCAGAAGGUAGAACGUCUUAUCGAGGCCUUCAGUCAGCGCUACUGCAUGUGUAACCCCGACGUGGUGCAGCAGUUUCACAACCCAGACACCAUCUUCAUCCUGGCCUUCGCCAUCAUUCUGCUCAACACCGACAUGUACAGUCCAAACAUCAAGCCCGACCGCAAGAUGAUGUUGGAGGACUUCAUACGCAACCUACGAGGAGUGGAUGAUGGAGCAGACAUCCCCAGAGACAUGGUGGUGGGAAUCUACGAAAGAAUACAACAGAGGGAGUUACGCUCCAACGAAGACCACGUCACCUACGUCUCCAAGGUUGAGCAGUCCAUCGUAGGCAUGAAAACCGUUCUCUCCGUCCCUCAUAGAAGACUGGUGUGCUGUAGUCGACUUUUUGAGGUGACCGAUGUCAACAAGGCCCAAAAACAGGCAGCACACCAGAGAGAAGUCUUCCUCUUCAAUGAUCUCAUUGUGAUCUUGAAGCUUUGUCCAAAGAAAAAGAGUUCUGCAGCCUACACUUUCUGCAAAGCUAUGGGCCUACUUGGCAUGCAGUUUCACCUGUUUGAAAAUGAAUACUAUCCUCAUGGCAUCACCAUCCUCUCACCUUUUGGCUCAGACAAGAAGCAGGUACUUAACUUCUGUGCCCAAAGUGCUGAGGAGCUGCUCAAGUUUGUAGAAGACCUGAAGGAAUCAAUUGCAGAGGUGUCAGAGAUGGAGCAGAUACGCAUCGAGUGGGAGCUGGAAAAGCAGCAGGGAGCCAAGACGCACUCCGUAAAGAACAACGGCACACAGCUAGAGCUGCAUGGCAAACAGGGCUCCCCAUCAGGAAACCAGGAGAUAGAUGACAGAAGUGGACACAACGCAGUGGAGGUGUCAAUUCACAACAGGCUUCAGACGUACCAGCUCAGCAGCAGCAGCACGGCUCGGAGUCCCGAGAGUUUGGCCCUUCUUAACCACCGGGGGGAGCUGCUUUUCCAGCAGGGGCCCGAGGGGCUAACCCAUGGGCCGGCGCCUCCACCUCAGCACCCGCAGUUGCAGUCAGCGGCAAGCACCCCUGCCCAUCACCUCCACCUCCAACAGCACCAGCAGCAGCCGGCUGUCAGCAUGGCUGAUCUGCGGCCCGAGACACUCAUCCAGUGUCAGCAGAUUGUUAAGGUCAUCAUGCUCGACAACAGCGGCCACGGACGCAUGGAGGCCUUCCUCAGCCAAACGCCCACUCACCACCACUACCAGCAUCACCACCACAGCCACCACCAGCUCAGCCAGUCAGCCAUGUCCACCCCGGUGCGCUCGCCGGACUGCUCCCAUGGCACCGAUGGCCACCAGCCCCCGCUGCCUCCCCCACCUCCUCCUUACAACCACCCGCACCAGUACAUACCCCCUGACCCCCGCCUCAGUCUACACCGGACCCCAAGUGGCUCUCGGAGCAUGGUGUAAAUAAAUGAAUUAGGAUUCUUUCCCUGAAAACACACACUUCCACACACACUCCCACACGAACCUUACCCCUUCUCUACCUAUUUAAAAGUACAUAAUGUACAUAUAUACAUACAGAUGAAAGAGUUAUAAUGGAAAAAAUGAAAUCUCACCUAUAUGCAUAUUUAAGGAAAAAAAUAAACGAAAAUUAAAAAUUAAGGUUUUAAAAGAGAAACGGAGAAAUAAAGUGCAUAUAUAAAGUUUUACUUGAUUCCACAUGUAUUUUGAAAUAUUAUGUAGUUUUAACAAAUUUCUAUAACUUUUUGUCAGUUUUAACUCUUGCUAGAGAAAAAACAGAUUUUCCAUUUCUGGAUGGAUUCCUUCUAGCUCUGGUAUUCAUCACCAAAACCAACAUAAAUGGACUGUGAUGGAUGGACACACUUCAAGGACCUUCCGCUUCUGUUCGCUUUUAUCAUCCCAAACCUCAUGCCUACUGUGCUGUAUGUGCACGUGCGUGCAUCGUUGACACUUACUGAAAACGUGUGCCAAAAUACAUUAGCCUUCACUAAACACUGACUUCUUUGCACUUGACUAAACGCUAGGGCUAGAAGAAAAAAAAACAAAGAAAAAAACUCCUUUCUUUUGCUUUGAGAAAAUAGUCACACUUCUCCCUCAAGGAACACAAAAAAAAAAGAAAAACAAACCUGAUAUUUCAUCUUUUUUAAAUCUCCCUGUGUGCUCUGUUGAUGAUUUAUUUAUGUGACGGAGAGCCUUCUCUCUUCUUCUCUGCUCCCCUUGAUAAAAAAAAAAAAAUGGAAAAAAACGACCUCCGAUAAGCUGCAUUUGUCAUCCGCUCCUCUGUCGUGUUGUGGCUCUCUAUCAUCAGAAAACACUCUAACUCAAUUGUCACUCUCCAUAGAUCUUUCUACAGUGGAGGAUGGCAGGAAACAAAAGCAACUAAUCACGCGGAUUGCUUCCAAAACCAAAAAUUCAGCCCAGGAUGGUCCUGUUGAUUGUUGUUUGUCUGUUACUCUUCAUAUUUAAUAGCCUAUCGAUAACGCUUCCCAGGAGUUCGUUCCACAUGUUAUCUGCUGAUGGAGGGAACUUUUUUUUGUUGAAAUCGUUUAAGCUGCUGAAACUGCUCUCGGACUUUUCUAUAGCUACAAUGAUUCACCAUUCACAUGUAAUAUACUGUAUGUACACUGUGCUGUCAUCUGUUGUUUAGGAAACGCUUCUUUGCUUUUUCAGUAAAUCGCCAUGAAUUUCCAUGAAGAUGCUUCUGCUACAACUGUUAAAUGUCAAGAUCUGUGUUUAUUUUGAUUUGUGUAAAACAUAUUCCACCAUUGUGUGUUUUCCGUCGGUGGAUAAAUGCAGGACACCCACAAAACAUCCAGACACUGUCUAUUUAUGUCGGAACAACUCCCAGGUUUUGUUUCAGCUCCUUGUGACUGUUUUCUCUUCCUAACCUUUCAGUCUGACAUUUUCAAAAAGGCAAAAAAAAACUACACAGGCGCGCACACACAGCUUCUGUUGCAAAUGCUGGCAUUAAUGGUAUUGUUCGUGCUGUUCGCUAGCCUGCUUUAAAUAAGAACGGGACAAAAGCAACAUAUUAUCUGAUCUCUUUCCAUUUCACCCCAGCCUAGAUUGUAAAUACCACAUUCAAGCAGUGUCAGAAAGGACAAGCAAGCUACUGCUGCCCUUCAAAAUGCUAUUGCCCUGUCACACGUCCUUCAUUCGGAAAUAGGGCAGCUGAAUGCGUCCAUCUUUUAAACAUAAGCCCCGCCAGGUACUGUGGAAUGGAUGUUCGGUUAACUCUGCUCCCAUCUGACCCCCACCUGUCUGAUUUGUUGAUUUAUAAUCACAGAGCCACUGCGGGGAGGUCUCUAUCUCAUCUUUUCUGUCUUUUUUCACUCAUGAUUUCACCCAGUGGAAAUACAGAGGUUGCAGAAAAAACUGUCUGGCAGAGAUGUGUGUGUGUGUGUGUGUGUGUGUGUGUGUGUGUGUGUGUGUGUGUGUGUGUGUGUGUGUGUGUGUGUGUGUGUGUGUGUGUGUGUGUGUGUGUGUGUGUGUGUGUGUGUGUGUGUGUGUGUGUGUGUGUCCUCACAGUAGCAUCCUAACUUUCCUGUAAACCAAUGUGACCUCUCUCCAGUUUGUCCCGGUAAUUGCUUUUGUUCAUAUUUCAAUAACACAAUGAGGAGAACUAGCGCUUUCAAAAUGAAUGAAGAGCUAUUAUGACAAUUUUAAUAUUUUUCACUGGCUAUGAACAACUUUUGGAGGUUGCGUAAUACAUUUCAGCAUAUAACAUAGAAAGUUCUGAUAUUAUGGAUUUAACAUUGAUGGAUGAUUGUUGUGAUUUAGAUCAACAUUCACAUAUAAAUGUGAUUCUUUUCUCAUGCAUGCUAUCAGUUUAGAGGCCUAUUGAACUGAUUCCCAUUUUUAUUGUUUAUUGUUUGUGCAUGACUGAAUUUAGUGAAAGAUGAAGAUGACACAUUUUUUGUUUGUGGUUGAACUAAAAAAUAUUAAUUAUGACAGAAAACAGCCCUUCAAACAGAAAAUGGAUUUACAAUGGCAAAUCGUGGCCAUGUUUGUUUCCCUGUCUAUCACUACCCUUUCUUAAUGGUUGCAUAGUUUUUCCUACUUGACAAUGUGUUUAAGCAUUUUGAGAGAUAGAUAUCCUGGGUGUGCAAAAAAAAAAACAUGAAUAUGAGCCACACUGAAAAUCAUGACUUUAUGUUUGAAAGCAAAACAAUGUAGCAUUUUGGGAGUGCAGCAUAUGACAUGGAAGAGCAGUAGUGGCUAACUUUCUUAAAGAAACUGAAAAAAGGGCUCUGCCAUACCAGUGUGGAGCUUGUCUGGCUCUUCAACACUGUUUGCUCCAACUAGUUUAAAAAAGUGGACAUUUUUAGGGUAAGACAGGUGGAAACUGAGUGUAACAGAUAUGUACCAUCACCUCCCUCAGUUGGCUUUGAAUCCCUCUCUACCUGUCUUUGCAGUGUAUCAACAUGCUAUUAAAGAUGAUUUAAGUCUAUUCACCA